UUUUUUUUUUAGUUAUUUGUGGGUGCUCAAUAUGUUGAGUGAUUUUAACAUUUCACGGGAUUAUUAUUUACAGAAUAGGAUGUGUGUAUAUGUAGGAACAUGUUAUUUUAGUUAAAAUAUCAAGUGAUUUUCUAUUAUGUUGUAGUGUUUGUGUAGAAUGUCAUCAGAUGAGGAGAAAGACUCACUUCCCGUUUUACAGAAUGACUCUGAGCGGGGCAGUUCUGUCUCUUCAGAUCUUCAGGAAGAGUAUGAAGAACUGCUUCGUUACGCUAUCGUGACUCCAAACAUUGAAUCAGGUGCUCUACAGCCAUGUCAUUCUAAGGGAGAAGUGGUACCAGAUAUGCGGGUUCCUACUAUAAUUGAUGAUAUUCUUCAUAAUCAAGCAGGAAAUAGCCCUGUAGUAAGAGAAACAAGGAUGGAAGUUGGAAAAGGAUGUGAUUUAAAUAUUUCAAGUCAUUCAAAGACAGAUGGGUCAUCGCCAGUGUCGUCACCGAGGAAACCCUCACACCCUGUCAUGGAUUUUUUCAGCUCUAACCUCUUAGGUGACUCUUCCUCACCAGCAUCUAUUUCUAGUCAUGCAGACGUCCAUGAAAUCAUUGUGAGCGAUUUUCUUACUUCAGAUGAAAACCUUCAGAAGAUGGAAAAUGUACUGGAUCUUUGGAGUUCAGGGCUUAAGACAAACAUCAUAUCUGAACUAAGCAAAUGGAGACUUAAUUUUAUUGACUGGCACCGAAUGGAAAUGAAAAAAGAGAAAGAAAAACAUGCAGCACACUUAAAACAACUGUGCAACCAGAUCAACAGCUUGAAGGAGCUGCAAAAAGCCUAUGAAGUUUCCAUCGGGAGAAAAGAUGAGGUGAUUUCUAGCUUGUCUCAUGCCAUAGGGAAGCAAAAGGAAAGGAUAGAGUUGAUGAGAACAUUCUUCCACUGGCGAAUUGGCCAUGUUAAAUGCAGACAGGAUGCCUAUGAAGGUAAACUAGCUGACCAGUACUUCCAGAGAACUUUACUGAAGAAAGUCUGGAAAGGCUGGAGAUCCAUAGUACAGAAACAGUGGAAAGAUGUGGUAGAACGAGCUUGUCAAGCAAGAGCGGAAGAAGUUUGUGUCCAGAUUUCCAAUGAUUAUGAAACCAGAGUCGCUGUGUUAUCUGGAGCUUUGGAAAAUGCAAAAGCUGAGAUUCAAAGAAUGCAGCAAGAAAAAGAGCACUUUGAAGAUUCCAUGAAGAAAGCUUUCAUGAGGGGUGUGUGUGCAUUAAAUCUCGAAGCCAUGACUAUAUUUCAAAACAGAGGUGAUACAGGGAUAGACUUCACAAAUAAAAAAGAAGAGUAUGGCCCUGGCGUUCAAGGCAAAGAACAUUCUUCUCAGUCAGAUUCUCUGGCCCCUCAGAUGCCCUCAGUGGUUGCACUGCCACCAUCCCCGCCAGCAGCAGCCAUGGGAGCGGCCAGCGCCUCUGCUUUUACCUCCGCUGCCUCCAUCACUUCUGCUGGGGCCACUUCUGCUUCCUCUGCUCACCUUCCGGUUUCUGCAACUCUUGGCUCCGGGUCUACAGCUGCUGCUGCACCAGAAGAAAUGUAUGUGCCCAGAGUUGUGACAUCUGCACAACAGAAAGCUGGAAGAACAAUUACAGCUCGGAUCACAGGGAGAUGUGAUUUUGCCUCAAAAAACAGAGUUAGUAGCAGCUUAGCUAUAAUGGGAGUUUCUCCUCCCAUGAGCUCAGUUGUUGUGGAAAAACAUCAUCCAGUCACAGUGCAAACCAUUCCUCAAGCUGCUGCAGCAAAGUAUCCCCGGACAAUUCAUCCUGAAAGUAGUACCUCAGCUUCUAGAUCCCUUGGAACCAGGUCAACUCACGCCCAGUCUCUCACAAGCAUCCAUUCCAUAAAAGUGGUUGACUAAAAUGAAUAUGCACAUAUUGAGAUCUUUUAAUUCUUCUGGUUUUACCGAGGAUUAGAAGUCUCUCAUUUUUAAAAUUUCAUAUUCUUAAAACAUCAUGGAUACAUCAUGUUCAUCUUUUCAAAAUUACAAGAGACUUUUUCAAGCCAUACCAUCCUUUGUAACUAUAUGUAGGAUUAUUUUAAUGUUAUUUUUUUUAAUUUAAGUGAUUAAGUAAAACUUUUUUAAAUUAAAAAAUGACUUAAUUUUUUAAUAGGUUUAGCCGGUCACUGAUUACAUCAUCAAAGUAUAUAAAUCCUGUUUCUCAACAUUAUUUCCAAAAGGCUCAAUCAUUUCCAGUGUUACCAAGUCAACUCUGAGAACUUUACUAAAAAUAUUAAAAUAGAAUUAAGGUAUUUUUAUUUUAAAAUUAAAAAGUAAUAAUGAUA